UGUCCCGCUUUCCCGGCCCAGCAGCGCGAGCGCGGGGAUAUCCGAUAACCCCUCCUCCCCACGCUCACCCGCCAUGGCCCUCGCGGCCGCCGUGGCCAUCUCCAUCCACCCAUUCCUCAGCCGCCCGGCCAGCGUCCUCCGCUGCGGCCGCCUCGUCCCGCCGCUCCUUCUCCUCCGCGCCUCCUCGGCCUCCUCCACCUCGGACUUCAACAUCACCUUCGCGGAGCCCGCGCCCGCCCCGUCCAAAGCCUCGCCCGGCGGCCCGUCCGCGCAGCCGCUGGUCCCGUGGAUCGCCCGCGGGGCCGACGGAAAGCCAUCCCUCCACACCUCUCCGCCGCCGGACGUCAUCCAGGCCGUCGCCGCGGCGGAGGCGGAGGCCAAGAGGGCCGCCAAGAGGGGCCAGAAGCAGGGCCCCGCCGCCGACGUCCCUGUCGCCAGCGUUAGGGUCAAGGAGAAGAAGGCCGCCCCGACCGCGCCGCCCAAGUUCUCCAAGGCGGCCAGGCGGUUCUACAACGAGAACAUCAAGGAGCACGAGCCGCAGCGCCUCGCCAAGGUCCUCGCCGCCGCAGGAGUGGCCUCAAGAAGGACCAGCGAGGAGCUCAUCUUCCAAGGGAAGGUGACUGUCAAUGGUUCUGUCUGCACUGCUCCCCAGACCAAAGUCGACAUCUCGAAGGAUUCUAUCUAUGUUAAUGGCAACCGCAUUUCCAAGAAGCUGCCUCCAAAGCUCUAUUUUGCUGUGAACAAGCCAAAAGGGUAUAUUUGCUCGUCUGGUGAAGAGAAGUCUGUUAUCUCCUUAUUGGAUGACUAUUUGAAAGGAUGGAACAAACUUCAGCCAGGAGUACCAAAACCCCGCUUGUUUACUGUGGGUCGUCUUGAUGUUGCCACAACUGGUUUGAUAAUAGUUACAAAUGAUGGUGAAUUUGCCCAGAAAGUCUCGCACCCUUCUUCAAACAUAACAAAGGAAUAUGUAGUAACUAUAGAUGGAGCAGUGCACAAGAAACACCUUGUAGCUAUCAGCGGAGGAACAGUAAUUGAUGGUGUUAAGGUUGUACCUGAUUUAGUAGAACCACUGGAUGCCCAAGCUGACACAAAAAGGACACGACUUAAAAUAGUGGUUCAUGAAGGAAGAAACCACGAAGUUCGUGAACUUGUGCAGAAUGCAGGACUAAAGGUCUAUGCUUUGAAACGUGUUCGGAUAGGCAGGUUCCGCCUCCCAUCGGACCUGGGAAUUGGGAAGAUGGUUGAACUCAAAGAAGCUGACAUCAAGGCACUAGAUGGCAACAGCUAGUAGAGUGCACGCCUGAGUUCAUGGGCUCCAUUUUCGACAGUGGUGUGGACGGAUCAAUAACUUAUAUGUCGUACCUCCUGUGGUGCAAGGCACGGCUACUCCGCGCCUGAAAAGGCCCGCGAUUCCGCUGUCAUAGAUGUCAAAUAGGGGCCUGGGUGGUCAAGUUCGACAGGCAUGCCUUUGCUUUGAAGAAAACAUGAGCUGCUUGGCCGAAGAAUCUACACGAUCCUACGUGGCGGCAGUGUUCGCUGGAGUUUUGGGAUAUGUUCAACUAGGCUAGCUAGUAGUAGAGUUGUUGAUAGCGUCUACUCUUAUGCAAAUCUACCGAUUUAUUAUCUGUGGAAAUGUAAAUGCUGUUAGUCGAGUCAUGAACUUCUUUUUUAACUUAUUAGUUGAGUCAUGAACUGGCAUUACUUCCAACAGUUCUUGCAACUUGUAACUUGUAUGCCUCUUCCACAAGAAAAAUAUCUGUAUACCUGAUAA